AAUAAAGGCAUGUGUGAGAGCGCACCAUGUUGUCUGUCGCCAGCAGACCUGUGAGCAGUCUCUGUGUCUCCGGUGUCCUCGGGAGAGCUGCAGCCACAAUGGCAGACGCUCUGGCUAAAAUCCCCGAUGUGGAGAUCGAUCCAGAGGGAACCUUUAAGUACAUACUGGUCAGAGUGAAAGUGAAAGAUGGCGAUGCGAAUAAAGACAUAGUCCGAGGCACAAAAAGUGCAGAGUAUCACAAUCAUAUAUUUGAGAAGGUCAGUCCAGCCAUGGAGGCCUUGGGGAUGGAGUGCAAGUGCCUCGGAGGAGGGAAGAUAGAACACAACAGCCAAGAGAAAAAGCUCAGGGUGUUUGGAGAAUCAACUGGCUUUGGGAAAGCAGACCAUUCUGUGUCUGUAGAGAAGUUGAAGGGUGCCUUCAGCGACUACGAGAUCACCUGGUCUGACGACAAAAAAUAAGAGUGGACACCUGCACCACGUCUCAAGUGUCUUCAUUUAUUUAUCAGUUCCAAAAUGAUAACCACAAAAUAACACUUUGACUUUUUCUGUACGACCAUCGCCUAAUUCAAAUACACCAUGCUGCAUUCGAC